AUGACUGAAUUUACAGAUAUCUGUGAAUACCUUGCCAGGAACCCAUUGGCAAAUAUUCUCAUUUUGUUUCUAGAUAUCUAUGAACAAAGUGGUUCUAAAUCUGCUUACAAUACAAUAUUUACUCAUUUACAACUUUGCGCAUUCGCCGUCAAAGACAAUGAUGCCUCGACCCAAACAACCGCUCCAAUUGUCGAAAAAGCCCUGCAGAAUGAACUUGAUGGUAACGUAAUCACUGGGCUCAACAACUUCUGGGAAAUAUUUUUCCUAGAUAAAGAUUGGUCCAACCAAACUCUCCGCAUCUGGGAAUGUUACCAAAGAUAUGAAACUAAAGAGAUCGAGAAACGGGAAAAAUAUGGUAGUGGAACACAAUCAAACGCUCAGACAACAAAAUUAUUUACAGAGAUUGAUCCUAACGAAAGAUUGAAGAUAACCCACAGACAAAAAAUUCCCAAAAUUUUUACGGAGCUAGAAACAUUAGAAGAAGGUGUCCCUCUAGAAAUAUCAGGAGGAGUCCAGACACAAGAAAUAACUAAUGAAGAGCCUCUUCCAGAAUUACCAGAGCUGGAUGAAGUAACAACAAUGAUUUCCUAUAAAAACAAAAUCUUGAUUGAAAAUAUGACAGAGAAAGAGAUUUGGGACUGGCUCAAUUUUUUUUGGGACAGCUUUUUAAGUCAGCUCCUAGAUCCUAUCACAACUUCCCCUGGAAAGUUUCCAUCUCUUGUCAUAGAGGACAAAGGCUCUCAGAUUCGAAACAAGUAUUGUCAUACAAAAAAUAAUCAUCAGAUAAAAGGAACAACCAACAACUAUCAGGUUGACUUCCUCGUCAAGAGUAUCGAUGUGCCCAAUAAUGAAAAACACCAUUGGAAGGAUGUCAGAGUGCUUGGUGAGUUUACCACAGAGCAUUUCAACGAUAAGAAGAGGGAUAAAUUUCUCCAACUAUCAAGAUCAGUUCUGCAAAUUUUUUCUGCACAGCCACUACGUCAGUUUGUACAUGGAUUCUGCCUUUUCAAAAACGACUUUGAACUUUGGUUGUUCAAUCGCUCUGGUGCGUAUGGUUCUGGCCCAUUAUCCAUCAAAGAUAACAAAGACAAGCUGGUAAGGGCGAUCUCAUCAUACCUGUUGAUGAGUGAUCAAGAACUGGGUAUCUACUCUCCUUUCCGACAUGUCAAUGGAAGGUCUUUACUAUCACUUAGCCAUGAGGAAGAUGAUCAAGCUCAGUGGUAUGAAAUUAAUCCUGAUGCUAUUUUCAAGGCAGGCACACUAGUCUCACGUGGCACUGUUUGUUACGAAAUAAGGGAGAAGAAUGCAGUCGUGAAGUACUCGUGGACCAGGACUGCAGGAAAAUCAGAAAUUGACUUCAUGCAAGACGCCUGUGACACCGAAGGCGUUGUCAAUUAUCUCCGAGCAAAUAGAAUUUGCAAGACUAGUGAUCAACUACAGGGUCUCAACUUUAGUAAUGCGUCUUAUUGGUAUAUAGGUGGCCUAAAACCUAUUGCCACGGGCGAAGGUGAAAAGCAACCGAAUACGCCCCCACGCAUCAAAGAUCGAGAGCUGACCAGGUUAAUUGUCACACCAUGUGGUCGUAGACUGAAUACCAGCAGGACGAUACUGGAAUUUCUUAAAGGUAUAAGAGACGCCAUCAUGGCACACCAACGAUUGUUUGUUGAGAGGAAGGUACUCCAUGGUGACAUCUCUGACGGCAAUAUAAUUUUGGCAUUCGUUGAUGGCAUGGUUCGAGGGAUACUGAUCGACUUUGAUCACGCCGUAAAGGUCGAAGAUACUUCGGACAAGCAUGAGAACUUGUACUUGACUGGCACCUUGAAAUUCAUGGCGCUCGAAAGACUUGAAUAUGCUGCAGAAACUGGAAAAUCCAUAACCAGAACCUAUUUUCAUGACCUGGAGUCUUUUUUUUAUGUAUUCCUCACAGGCUGCAUAGAAUAUGAACGCCGCGAGAAGUCGAAAGUAGUAGUUGAUCUACUAAGGUGGUGUGUAGAAGAUGUCGAUUCUAACUUGAAUAAUAAGCGUAGUGAUAUGGAUUACUUUCAAAAAAGAAUUACUCCCAAAUUCACCACCAAUUUUGACGGCUUGAAGGAUUUUGCGUGGAAGUUACGCAAAAUUUUAUUCGGAGAUUGCCAAGUCAACUUUGGAACACCUAUCGAAUACGAACCUGUGUACAGAGACAUGAUUGGGGCUUUCGACGAAGUCAUUGCGCAGAUUAGAGGUAAGAUAUAUCAAUGA